AUGCAAACAAAACACCGCUUGGGAUCCGAACGGCGGCCCGCGGCGCGGCGCGCGCUGAGCCAGGCCCUGGGGCGCCUCGCGCUGCGCCGGCGGGGUCAAGAUGAGCAGCUCGCCCACGAGCUGGCCGGCCGAGUGGAGCUGUUCAUGAGCCGCGCCGCAACGAAACCAGCCGGCAUAGACAUCGCCGGGGUGUUGCUGGACGUGCUGAAGCAGCACAACUCUCUGGCGAGGGAGCUGCUGCCACGGUUGCUGCCACAGAUCGCGCGCGCGAGGCUGCAUUACGCGCUGCCUCCGCUUAAAACUGCCGCCGACUUGUUCCUCGACAAAGUGGAGCUGUUCGAGGGGAGUUCAGUGGAGGACCUCGUGGCGGAGACGCUGGGGGCGCUGGUGGCCGUGGCAACGGAAGGGGGCGGGGCGGUGGCACAACGAGAUGGCAGAAUGGGAGACGUAAGACUCGUGAGGGCCUUGACGCAAUCCACGGUCGCCUUCCUGAAGGUGCUUUGCGAGAGCAAACGCCUCGAAGUCUUCAGCAUAGUGGAGAGGCUCCUCUCGAUCGCGAGUGGAGAUGGAGUGGAGAUCUCCCGCGUGCUCCACUCCCUCGCCGUGAUGCGGGUGGAGUUGGACCUGGAUGCGCGCGCGUGCCGCAGCGUGGUGGGGGCCGAGGUCUUCCGCGCGGCCCUGUUCGGAACGGGGCGGCUCGGACCCUGGGACCUUCUGUGCCUGGAGGGGGCGCUCACUCUCUGCACGCAGUAUGCGGAGGCGCUGCUCGAGCUGCAUAGCGAGAACACGAUAGAAUUGCUGUCGGGACUCCUCUCCUCGCUGCAGCCCAAGCAAAUACUGCAGAUGAAUAGUACCCUUACCUCAUGCUGGAGGAAAUUAACCGGUAUAUUGGGAGAUGUGCCAUCUGAGCUGAUCGCCAGUCUGGAGAAAUGGUGCCGGCAGCUGCCAUUAGAGGAGCUGGAGCAGAACCUCGGUAAAGGCGAAUGUCCAGAGGGGGACGCUGUCGUGGCCCAUUCGUUGAGGCUGGCCUUAGACUGGUUCGGAGCGGGGAAUCGAGGGUUGCGUUGCCUCAGCGACCGUUCUCUCCGGUGGUUGGAAUCCGUCCGAAAGCACAACGCCUCUGGCCUGGUGGCGAAGCGGUUCAGCAGCCUGGGAUACUUCAACGACCUGCUGCAUGUGACCUUCGCCCUCAACGGGUCAGAGGUGGAGCGGGUGCUGAGCGCUGGGUCGGCAGAUGGCUUCUGCGAGAGGUUCAUGCCCGCACUGUGCCGCCACCUGACGAGGAAGCCCUUCCUCAUGAUGGAGCCCCGGUUCGAGGGCAGAUGCGAGCUCCUCAACGAGGUCGUCAGGCACUGCGUGAAGAAACGCGACGUUGAAUGCGGCAACCUUCUGGAGCUGGUGGAUGAGCUGUGGCCGGUGUACGCGCGGAAGAGCAGCUUCGAAAGGAAGCACUCCCUGCUGCUGGACCUGGCCACGCUGCCGACGAAACUGGGCCCGGGUUCGAACCCGAUGCGCUGGCUGGACGACUGCAUCCGCUCGGACGAGUGCAGCCCCGAGAUGAAGGCGAAGCUCAUCGGGGUCCUGCCCGCCGAGGAGCCCUAUCUGGAAAUGUGGCGCAGGGCGGCGGGGCUGCUGCCGGCGCGGCCAGAGGAGGCUCGCGGAGGGCUGGCGCUGGUGUUCAGCGCUCUGCUGGAGGCGCUCGCGGCGGCCGGCACCCCGCUGCUGGGCUGCCUGCUGCCACUCCUCGCCGCCACGCCCGCCACAGGCCAGGAGCUGAGCUGGUACGAGGAUGCAGUGGACGCGUGCCUGGAGUCCCUCGCACUCAAGGGCGGGUUGGAAGCCGCGAGAGACCUCUACGGCCGCAGCGCCCAGGACCUCACGCUGAGGGUCUGCGGCCGUCUCCUGGUGCCUCUUCUCAGGAGGUGCUCGGCGAGCAUCUGCGAGGAGUUCGUGGCGGGCGUGGCAGCCGAGCUGGUGGGCAGCCUGCAGAGGGCGCCGAGGGCGGCUGCCACGCACCACGCCUGCCACCGCGCGGUGGUGGGCUACGUGCGCGCGCUGCUGCUGCUCAGGGUGGCCUUCGAGAAGAUACCCAGGGACCACAUAAUGUCACCGAAGUCGGCGCUCUACAGCCAGAUGCCCGAGGCGGGCGACAGGCCCUUCCACCUGGUGAAGCUGGUGGCGAAGAGCUGCGCCAACCUGGCGCAGAGGAAGGUGGUCCAGUGCCCAGAGGGCGCCACCGACAGCCUGAAGGAGGCUUGCCUGCAGUUCCACUGCGAGAACUACGGCUGCCUGACGGCGGCCAUCUGCUGCUGGGCCCCCGAGGACGAGCGCUUCUUCGGGCUGGUCUUCGACCAGGAGGCCUGGGAGCGGCUCGUGGACCACCACAAGGCUUACGAGCUACCCCUGAAAGCGCGCAGGUGGGAGCCUUGGCGGGAGGGGGCGCCCCCGCUCCCGCGCUCCGCCCCUCCGCCCCCGCGCACCCGCACGCGGACUCGAACCCGCACCUUCCUGCACACGCUCUCCGAGAACCCGCUGCUCUUCGACCAGGGGCUGCCCCCGGAGGAGCAGGAGGGCGGGGGCGAGGAGCCGCUGCCGGAGGGGGGGCUGAACGGGCACCCCUGCGCGGGCCCGCUGGGCUCAGCCGUUCGGCUGGCGAGCCAGCGGCCCCACUCGGGCUGGCUGCGCGCGCUGGCUCACGGGCUGCGCGCCGGCCGGCGGAACGUCAGCUGGCUGCUGGCUCAGGUGGCGUGCAACUGCCGCCAGGAUCUGGGGCCGUCCGCCGGGGUGCUCGUGCCGGCGCUGCUGGACAUGGUGGCCAGGACCUCCGAGGAGGAGGGGCUUCUCAACGGCCUCCACGUCGAAGUGCUGGACGCGAUCGUGUACUGGCGGGAGGAGGCAGGACGGCUGACGGAUGAGGCUGCCACCAGCCUGGGCGUGGCAGUCGAGAGGCUGAUUGCCACCUGCGUCAGGAACGCGGGCCAUCGCCAGCUGGUGGACGGCCUGGUGGCCAGGCUGGACUCCCUGCUGGAGCUGUACGGCUCCGUCGUGAGGGUCAGCUGGAACUGCUUCCGGGAGUUCGUGGAAGGGGGGAACAAGGAUUCAGCGCGCGCGUACUUCGAGAUGAUCAGGUGCGUCACCCGGAGGAGGGUGCCGGUGCCGGAGCUUUUGGGCGGGAUGUUGGGGGCGCUGGAGGGGCGAGGGGGCGUCGAGCGGCCGGGGCAGCCGGGCCAGCUGGGCAGGGUGGGGCAGCUGCUGGGCCUGGCCGCGGCGGCCGAGGGGGCGCAGCCCGAGCGGCUGCACCGCCUGCGCAGGCUGCUGGAGCGCCAGAGGGGCGACGCCCAGCAGUACGUGGAGCUGCUGCACGGGCUCCAGUCGGAGCUGCCGGCCGUCUGCGACGCUCAAAUCUUCAGGAGCAUGGCGGUGCUGGCGUCCAGGUCCGUGGGGAGGGUGCGGGACAGGAUGCUCGAGAUCCUCGCCGCCCACCUCCGCUGGUCUCCGAGCGAGGAGUGUGGGGAGACGCUGGAGUGCCUGCGACUCCAGGAGUUGGCGGCCAAGGGGGAUGAGGGUGCGUUGCGCCUGGCUGAGGCGGCGCUGCCGGUGCUGGUCGAGCCUCUGAAGACCUGGUUGGUGGUCAGGUGCGGGGAGCUGUGCCAGGGGGCCGGCAAGGUCAGGAAGGCGGCCGUGGGGGUGCUGCUCAGGGCUUUCGAAGGUCUCCUGCGGCGCGGCGCCAGCGAGCCGCAGCCGAAGCGCCCCGCCGGCCGCGGCAGCGCGCUGCUGCGCCAGCAGUGGGCGCCGCCGCUGGCCGCCCUGGGCCUGGCGCUGGCCUCGCGCGCCGCCGCCCCGGAGAGGCGCCGCGCCGCCGCAGCCCUGCCGCCCCCCACCGCGCCCCGGGAAAGGUUCACCGAGGCGUUCAUCAUCAGCGUGCACCUGCCGAUGACGCACCAGCCGAGCGAGUGCGGCCACGAUUCCUUCCUCGCCCUGCUGGAGAUAUUCUUCGCGGGGGUGAGGGGCUCCGAGGCGCUGCAGCGGCCCCUCAGGGAGGGCGGCAACGCGACAUUAACGUCGGAGACUGUCUCGAUGGAGGCUGAUUCGCGUUCGCAGAUCGUUAGCGUUGAAGAUGCAGUGCCCGAGGAGGCGAAGACGGUGGGGGACGUACUGGAAGCUGUUCUGCAAUUCGCGGAGCGGAGUGCGGAGGCCGCCACGGCGCUGUGGCUGCAGCUGGUGUCCCUACUCUGGCGGCUAGGGCCCGGGUUCGAUGCCGGCGCGCUGCUAGCGCCUUUGCUGCGUAACGCUGCGCCCGCUCCCCUGCUGCGCGCCUGCAGCCUGCUGGCGGACGAGUGCUGCGCUGCGGACGGGUUCAAGGAGACAGUAGAGAGGUUGAUGGCAUCUUCGAGGGGCGCCGAGGGUGGCGAGCUGGUGAGACUUCUUCACGAGGAUGUGCUGGUGCGAACCUCGGGAAUGGACUACUUCUUCUUGGGG